AUGAAUGAUCUGGUCUCAAGAAUAUCAAGGUAUGAGUCAUUAGAUUUAGAAACAUACCUGAACAACACAAUACAGAGAUAUGAGGAGUUUCUACUUGAAGCAGAAAAAUACAAGGCAUCCAAAGUCCAUCAUGAGAUAGACACUGAGAUACUGAAGAUAUUCCUAGUGAAUAGCAACGCUCUACUCGAUAUUCUUGAUGCAUAUGAAGAGUCAUACGUGGUCAUUUCAAACAUGAUUGAUCUUUCAAAACAGCUCCUUAGAUCCCGUUUAAGUGUAUGCGAGGAAGACGUAAUUGUUGACAAGGAGCAGGUCAACAAAUUCAGGGCUAUUAUUGAGAGCUUCAGUGAGGAUGCUGGCGUAUUUGCCACCGAUGAGCGAUUUCUUGUUCAUUUUAACACAUUUAAGGAAAAGUGUGGGCAGAAGUGUAUAUUGGUUCUUACGAACGAUAUUCUUUUAAUAGGUAUACUGCAGCAGGGACUCAGGAAAUACAGACUGCUCAAUGCAUACAGCUAUACAAUUGUGCGCAUGGACAUCAAGGAUGGCAUUCUUAGAGUAAGGGUGGAUCCCACAACAUAUGAAUUUAGCAGCAGUAUAAAAAGCGUCGAAAAGACGUUCAAGGUUUUUGAAGAGUUAACAUACAAGUAUAAAAAGAAGCAUGAAGAUACAGGUAAAACGAUCGUUGAUCAAGAAAUGAUUGAAUAUCUUGCAUUUACAGAGCAGUACGAACUUCUGAAUCCAGAUGAGUUUGCUGGAGGCUGUCCAUCAAAAAUGAUGUUUUACAGCAAGCAAGAGAUUGUAAAGUAUCUUUCUGUGCUUACAGAGUCCAAACACGAUGCAUCGGUGUGUUUGUAUUCCUUUCUUGAAAGCAGAUUUAAAGAUGGAAUGCGCAAGAUUAACCAAAUACAAACCCUUGAUGGAUUGAUUGCAGAUGUGUUUGCAUAUUUCAAGGAGUUUUUUGAUGAGCAGGAUGAACUAAUAAGAGACUUAGAAACAAUCUCGAGCAUAAGGAGAAGUGGAGUCACUUUAUUAAUAGAAAAACAGUUGAUUGAGUGCUUCAAGGCAUUUGAGCACAGGAUAUUCAAUAAAUCGCUCAAUUCGAAUCAAGCAGAUCAUUACAUAAAGCUUGUUGUCCAGAACCUUAAAUUCUCAGGAUGCAAUUUCUGCUAUCUCAUGGACAGCUUCGUUCAGAAAAAUGAAGACUACAAGCUACGAUGCAUAGAAAAUGCAAUGAAAGAAAUAGAGAAAAUCAUCAGGUCAAUAAUUAUGGAAUAA